GCGAGUGCGCCUCUCCUCCAGACUCAAGUGGGAAGAUCAGAAGAUUUUAACGGGACUCAACCAGACGAACGAAUAGAAGAAAAACUAUACACUAAACUAAAAGAAGACUUUUUUUCUCAUCUAUAAUAUUCAAUAUUUUUCAAACAGCUGGGCUUUGAUUCAUCGUUUCACCGCUUUGGAACUUGUGCGUUUAAAAAAGUGUGCAGUCACACAUUUGCUACUUUUUUCUUACCUCACCAGACUCUUCUUUUUUUAAUCUUCAGCGAUGUUUCCAGAGGCAAACAAUGGCUACAGCUACGAGGACUGCAAGGCCACCGCUGAUUGGCUGCUGGCCCAGACAGACGUCCGGCCCUCAGUUGGCAUCGUGUGCGGCUCGGGUCUCGGAGGGCUGGCUGACAUGUUAAAGGACCAGGUUGCCUUCAACUACAAGGACAUCCCCAACUUCCCCCAGAGCACCGUGCACGGACACGCAGGACGGCUGGUGUUCGGCACCUUAAAGGGGAGGCCAUGUGUGUGUAUGCAGGGGCGCUUCCACCUGUAUGAGGGCUACCCAAUCCAGAAGAUUACACUGCCCAUGCGCAUAUUCAAGUUGCUCGGUGUGGAGACGGUGAUGCUGACCAACGCAGCCGGAGGCCUCAAUCAGGACUUCAAAGUGGGAGACAUCAUGAUCAUCAAAGACCACCUCAACAUGCCCGGCUUUGCUGGCAACAAUCCACUGUCUGGACCCAACGAUGAGAGGUUCGGUGUGCGUUUCCCCUGCAUGUCCGACGCGUACGACAGAGAGCUGCAGCAGCUGGCCAUGGAUGUGGGACAAGAGCUUGGCUAUGGAGACUUCCUGAAGGAGGGCGUCUACUGCGUGCUGGGCGGACCUUCGUUCGAAACCAUCGCUGAGUGUCGUAUGCUGCACAAACUGGGCGCUGACGCUGUCGGCAUGAGCACAGUCCACGAGGUGAUCAUCGCACGUCACUGCGGCAUGCGCGUCUUCGCCCUUUCGCUGAUCACCAACCAGGCGGUGAUGGACUACGACAGCGAAGAGAAGGCCAACCACGAGGAGGUCCUCCAGACGGGCAAGCAGAGAGCGGAGCAGCUGGAGCGGCUGGUUUCCACCAUGGUGACCAAGAUCGAGCACAACAACAACUACGCCUAAAGAGACGCCAUGCUCCAUCAGCGGCACCCAUGCUAGUCAGAUGCUAGCCUUGUAGUGUGACCUUAUGGUUCACAUUUAAUGCUAUUCUGCCAAAGAAAAUCCCACUUAGUUUAUUACUUAGGUGAGCAGUUGGGCUGUUUUUAGUCUUAGGUCAAUCGAAUCGAACACAAACGCAGAAUGCACACAAACCUUUGUUUUCAUGUCACUGUGCCUUACAUUCCUCUACUGAGUGGCUCCCAAAGAAAAAGACGCUUCUCAGUUGUUGUUUUUUUUUUUUUUUUUUGUAUCAUUUUAAAUGAGGCGUAUUUGUUCUAACUUAAUAUUUGAUCAGCUUGUAUAAAUGUCUGCAAUUUAACUUAACAAUGAGCCAAAAUUUGCUGUAAAGAUCUUAAUAUUAUGAUGUUGAAAUAUGUACAUUAGUGGAUUUAAGGUAUUUUACUGUGCUUGUUUUUUUUUUUAAUAUGAAUGUUAUUACUAAAGGUACUAUUUAUUACUAUA